CCAGAAUUUCCUACACACGGUUACCUCAAAUCCUCAUAAAACCCAUUCUCCCAUAUUUAAACAAAUACCUCUCCAAAGUCCAAACUCUCAUUUUCCUCAUACCACAAUCCCAACAAUCAAUCCACAAAGAAAAUGGCAACACCAGAGCUUAAACUCCCUCCUCCCCUUCAUCAACCCAUGAAGACCCAAAAGACCAUUCCCGACACAAACUUGUUCCAUUUCCUCUCAGACGAAAUCAUCUUCAUAAUCCUCGACUUCCUCAACUCAAGCCCAACUGACAGAAAGUCCUUCUCUCUUGUCUCCAAGUCCUUCUACUCCCUAGAAUCCAAACACCGCCGCACCCUCACCCCUCUCCGCUCCGACCACCUCCCCACCAUCCUCGCUCGCUACCCUUCUCUCACGCGCCUCGAUCUCACUCUCUGCCCACGUGUCACCGAUGCCAACCUCGUCACAAUCUCCAGUGCGUGCAACUCCACCCUCCAAAGCAUCGAUCUUUCCGAGUCCAACUACUUCUCCGGAACAGGGCUUCUCAGCUUGUCUUUGAACUGCAAACAUCUGAUCGAGAUUGACAUAUCCAAUGCGACCGAACUCAAAGACUCGGCUGCUGCGGCUCUGGCUCAAGCCAAGAACUUGGAGAAGCUCAAGUUAGGAAGGUGCAAGCAGAUUACAGACAUGGGUGUGGGAUGCAUAGCAGUAGGCUGUAGAAAGCUCAAGCUUGUCAGCUUAAAAUGGUGUCUUGGUGUUGGUGACUUGGGAGUUGAGUUGCUUGCUCUCAAGUGUAAGGAUCUUCGUAGUUUGGAUCUGUCUUACUUGCCGAUCACGGAUAAGUGUUUGCCGUCGAUCUUUGAGUUAUCGUAUCUUGAGGAUUUGGUUCUAGAAGGAUGCUUUGGCAUCGACGAUGACAGCCUUGCAGCCUUCAGACAUGGCUGCAAGUCGCUUAAGAAGCUUGACAUAUCAAGUUGUCAGAACAUUGGUCAUAAUGGCUUGGCUUCCCUAACUAGUGGCGGAGUUUUAGAGCAACUCGUAUUGUCCCACGGUUCUCCUGUGACUGCUGCUCUUGCUGAUAGUUUGAAAAGGCUUACAAUGUUGAAAUCAAUCAAAUUAGAUGGUUGCUCAGUUACUUAUGCUGGACUCCAAGCGAUUGGAAACUGGUGUAUGUCGUUAAGGGAGCUGAGCUUGAGUAAAUGUCCUGGGGUAACAGAUGAGGGGCUCUCCUCACUUUUGACAAAACACAAAGAUCUGCGGAAGUUGGACAUAACAUGUUGCAGAAAGAUAACUUAUGCUUCCAUAGAACAUAUGACAGUAUCGUGCACGGCACUCACUUCUCUUAGGAUGGAGUCGUGCACCCUGGUUCCGAAAGAGGCAUUUGUCCUCAUAGGGCAGAGAUGCCGUUUUCUUGAAGAGAUUGACAUAACCGAUAAUGAAAUUGAUGAUGAAGGUUUGAUGUCGAUCUCCAGAUGUUCAGAACUCUCCAGCUUGAAACUAGGAAUUUGCCUAAACAUAACUGACGAGGGAGUUGCUCAUGUUGGCAUGUGCUGCUCGAAACUUGUAGGGCUUGAUCUGUACAGGUGCAUGGGAAUUUCAGAUUCUGGCAUUGCAGCUAUUACUCAUGGUUGUCCUGGACUUGAGAUGAUUAAUAUAGCCUACUGUAAAGAUAUUACAGACAGUUCACUAAUCUCCUUAUCGAAAUGCUCAAGGUUGAACACAGUAGAAAGUCGAGGAUGUCCUCUUAUCACAUCUUUGGGUCUAGCUGCAAUUGCUGUGGGAUGCAAGCAACUGGUCAAGGUGGACAUAAAGAAGUGUAUCAAUAUUGAUGAUGUUGGGAUGAUUUCUCUUGCUCACUUCUCUCAGAAACUUAGACAGAUUAAUUUGUCAUAUACUUCUGUUACGGAUGUGGGGCUGUUAUCACUUGCCAGCAUCAGCUGCCUGCAGAGGUUAAACGUCUUACACUUGAAGGGUUUGACUGCUAGUGGGCUUGCAGCCGCCUUUUUGGCAUGCAGAGGGCUAACAAAAGUGAAGCUCCAGACAACCUUCAAGUCAUUGCUUCCUCAAGGUCUUGUCGAACAUUUACAAGCACGUGGUUGUGUGAUUCAGUGGAGAGACAAAUUUUUCCGGGCUGAACUCGAUCCUCAGUGUUGGAAAUUACAGUUGGAAGAUGCCAUACCGUGAGUUUGUUCCACAUCCUUCAGGUUGGGUGAGAUGCAAACACUGUUUUAAGCUCCUCAAUGAGAUCCAGCUCUUUGCUUUACCUGAAAGAUGCGGCCUACAUAUAAUGAUAAUACUACGUAUGAGUUGGUAUCUUUCGGCUUCUUGUUUAGGGCUAUAGUUUUAUGUUCUCUUCCAUCAGAACCUCAAAACAUGUAUAAGAGAUCGUUUUUGGUGAAUGGAUUUGGUGAAAGUUGUGUUGUG